CUAACGACGAAGAAUUUCAACAAACAUCAUUCAUUUCAUCAAAUCAUUUUUUGUUUCCAGAUAAAAAAAAACACCACUGUGUAAACUAAAAAAAAUGUUUCAAAUAAAACUUCCUGUUCGAGCAUAUAAAAAGCUUAUAUAUUUAGCUUCAGUAUCAAGUUUUUUAUGUUUUUUAGCAUUACAUCUAACUAUAAGCUAUCAACGUGAUCAUAUUGAACCGACAAAUUAUGAUAUUAUGUUAAAUAAUAAUAAUAAUAUUGAUACCACUAACAGUAAUCAAUAUGGUUCAAUAAUAACUACUCCUACUGGUGGAGGUGGUGGUAGUGUUAAUCAAAUUGUUCGUAAUUUAUUACAUGAAAAAAGUGAUACAACAUUAAUAAUAACCGAUAAUAAUUCAUCAUCAUCAUCAUCGGGUAAUAAAAGUAAAACUUUUGCCAUAGAAAAAUCAUCAUCAAAUGCUCAACAAUCAUCAUUAUCAUCAACUUUAUCAUCAUCAUCAUCGAUGACAUUCAAUCCACAUUCUAGUGCCAUUAAUCAAACAACACAAUCAAUACAACAACAACCAAAACAACAACAACAAUCAAAUUUUGUUGCAGAAUCAUCAUUAUCCUCAGCAAAUCAGCAAACCGAUAAUCAAGAUAAUGAUGAUGAAAAUAUUGAUGCAUAUCUUGAUCUUGAACCACAUAUUGAUCAGAUGCCCGUAUUGAAUGAAAAUCAACAACUAAUUGAUCUGGAAAAUCAAAAUCAUGGUAGUAAUAAUUUAGCCCUAUCAUAUUGGUUGAAAGCACGUAAAUAUCCAAAACCUAAAUCAUCGACAAACACUAGCAACAGUAAUAGUAAAAGUUGUCGUGUUGAAUUUCCAAAUCUUUAUGAGCUUGAAUAUAAUAAUAUUUAUUGGCAAAAAUUUACCAAUUUCAAUGGUAAUGGUAAUGGUAGUUCAUUUUAUUUAUAUGGUGCAUAUUAUGAUAAUCGUUGGCGUGGUGGACCAUUACCAAUGAUACGUAUAUUAGCAAUGAUUGAUCGUAUUGCACCACCACCUACAUUUUGUCAAAUUUGGUUCGAUCGAAUUUCGGUACCAAUCAUUUCACAAGCAUCAUAUAUUUAUGGUUGGUAUAAUAAAUGGGGUAAUUAUAAAGAUGGUUAUCUACAACCAUAUAUUAUUACGUGUAAAAUACCACGAAUCAAAGGAUUACCAAAAGAUUUUUAUCCAACAUCAGUAUCAUUGGUUGAAAAUCGUUGUCAAAAAGCAAAUAAUAAUCUGAAAAUUAUUAAUAAUCGACCAGAGAAGAAACAAGAAUUUGCUGUUUGUGUUAAAGGUCUCGAUUUUUUACAUGAAGAUCUUAGUGUUCGUUUAGUUGAAUGGAUUGAAUUGUUACGUUUAUUAGGAGCGAAUAAAAUUUUUCUUUACGAACUAGAAAUUCAUCCAAACAUUUCAAAAGUAUUGGAUUAUUAUCAACGUGAUGGUGCUGUUGAAUUAACAAAAAUUUCAUUACCAGGUCAUCAACCUAAUUUACCUGGUUUUCGGCAUCUGUAUUUGAAAAAUAAACUUACACAUAAACGACAAAAUGAAUUAAUUCCAUAUAAUGAUUGUCUUUAUCGUAACCUGUAUAGUUAUGAUUAUGUUGCACUGUUAGAUAUUGAUGAAAUAAUUAUGCCAAUCAAACAUUCAAAUUGGUCGGAUUUAAUGGCCGAAAUACAACGUCUGUCGUUGAUGGAAAAAAAUUAUACACGUGCAAGCUAUAAUGUUCGGAAUGUUUAUUUUUUAGAUGAUUUAAAUCAUAAUGAAGAACAAAUGCAACAUGAAGCACACGAGGCUGGAAUUCCACGAUAUUUACAUAUGCUGCAACAUGUAUAUCGUUCACAAAAUUAUACAAAACCCGGUCAAUAUGUUAAAUGUUUUCAUAAUACUGAACGGGCAGUUUCGUUGCAUAAUCAUUUUCCAUUAAAUUGUUUCGGUACAUGUACUACUUAUUCGAUACCAAUUGAAUUAGCACAACUACAACAUUAUCGUAAAGAUUGUGUUGGUCCAUUGAAAAAAAGUUGUAAAGAAUUUCGUCAAUAUACAACACGUGAUACUACUAUAUUUCGUUAUAAACAUGAUCUGGUUCAACGUACUACACAUGUAUUGAAAACAUUAGGAUUUUUUGAUCAAAAUUCAAUUCAAGAACAACAACAUUCAAAUGCAUAGCAAAGCAUAACAUAACAUUCCGGAUUCUUGAUUUCCAAUGAAACAAAAAAAACUGUGUUCUGGGCCCUGGAUCUAACAUUCUGUUGCCCUCAAUUCUGACUGAAUUUUGAAUUUCUGAAAAUUCCUAAAAAAGCUAGUCGCUAAAUCCACACACACACACACUACACAUCAAUACAAAUUGUUUGUAAAUAUAUUCCCCCAAACGCAUACAAAAUUCUUUUUUUUAAACACACUGCACACCUUUUUUUCCAGGUCUCAUCAAAUGAAUGAAUGAUUUUGAGACUUUUAUUUGUGAUUUUUAUUUUCUUCUUCUUUACCAUUUUCUCACUCUCAUUUAUUAUCAUUUUUUGUUUGUUUGUUCGAAUUCAUCGUUUGACUGUAUUUUUUUUCUUGGUUUGUUUGCAUUGUAAUCAUCGAUAUGAAGAAAUACUUAACUAACUAACUGAAUUGAAUGUCCAUCCGGUGCCAUCAUUAUUUCCACCUUUAGCCAACAAACAAAAAAAAAAUCACAGCCGCAAUAAUCGAUGGAAAAUAUGAUUGAUUUAUUAUUGA